AUGGGGAAUUUAAUGAUAUUCGCCAAGAGGAGGAUGACGAAGAGCAUCACGCUGGAGGAGCUAGCGUGCAUGAUAAAGGAAUGCAACUACGUAGUGGCCCUAACAGGCUCAGGCACAUCCGCCGAAAGUAACAUCCCAAGUUUCCGUGGCGCCAAUAGCUCCAUCUGGAGUAAAUAUGACCCAAAAAUAUAUGGUACCAUUUGGGGAUUCUGGAAGUCACCAGAAAAAAUCUGGGAAGUUAUUAGAGAUAUCUCAUCAGAUUAUGAGAUCGAAUUGAAUCCAGGACAUAUAGCUCUUUCCACUUUAGAAAGUCUUGGGUACUUAAAAGCAGUGAUCACACAAAACAUUGAUGGUUUACAUGAGGAAAGUGGGAACUCCAAAGUAAUUCCCCUGCAUGGAAGUGUUUUCGAAGCACGUUGUUGCACAUGUAGGGAGACAAUUCAACUGAAUAAAAUUAUGCUACAGAAAACUUCCCACUUUAUGCAUCAGUUACCUCCAGAGUGUCCUUGUGGAGGUAUUUUUAAACCUAACGUUGUUCUUUUUGGAGAAGUAAUUCCCAAGGCACUUUUGAAACAAGCCCAGAAGGAGAUAGCGAACUGUGACCUUCUUUUGGUUCUCGGUACUUCAUCCUCUGUGUCGACUGCUACGAACUUAUGUUACUAUGCCCAUAGGAAGAAGAAAAAAAUUGUGGAGGUGAAUAUAUCCAAAACGUACAUCACGAAUCGCUUGUCUGAUUAUCAUGUUGCAGCCAAGUUCAGCGAGUUGGUGACUAUCUCCGAAAUACUCACGGGGGGGAAGGCCACUCAAAGUGGGGUGGCGACUCAAAGUGGGGAAGCAUCUCAAAUUGGUGAAGCAGCGCAAAUUGGUGAAGGAGCACAAAUUGGUAAAGCUUCUCAGAGUGGUAAAACUAAGCAGAGAGUCAACACCGCACAGGGAUACGCGGCAAAUCGGUGA